AUGGCCACCGAAGAAAAGACAGCACAGGUUUCUGCCAUCCAGAAAGACUCCCCAGGAGCUAGCGUAUUGGAAGAUUCGGAUCAAGAGUCACAGCAAAAACAAGGCUAUGAGACUGGUACCUUUGAAAUCAAAGAGGGACACGAAUUCUACCGGCCAAUUGAUAGCUAUGAGGGUAUUCACCGCUGGGAUCCAGAAUUUGAAUGGACGGAGGAGGAAGAGAGGAAAGUGGUCAGAAAGAUUGACGCUCGCGUUUUGACCUUUGCCUGUGUGACCUUUUUCGCCCUACAACUUGACCGAGGAAAUAUCGGACAGGCCCUAGCCAGUACAUUUUUAAAGGAUCUGAAAAUGACCAGCAACGACUACAAUCUGGGUCAAACCAUCUUUCUAGUCUGUUUCCUUUUGGCUGAGAUGCCUUCUCAGUUGAUAUCCAAGAGACUGGGCCCCGACCGUUGGAUUCCCACCCAAAUGAUUCUGUGGAGUAUCGUUGCAGCAUGUCAGGCCUUUCUUAAGGGAAGGUCGUCAUUCUUGGCCACACGCGCUCUUCUGGGACUACUGGAAGGUGGAUUCAUUCCCGACACGGUCCUCUUUUUAUCAUUCUUUUACAAGUCCAAAGAACUGCCCAAAAGACUUGCUUGCUUCUGGAUCUCCGACACUUUGACUGGGAUUGUAGGCGCAUUCCUAGCGUUUGGCUUCCUUCAUAUUAAAAACUCCGAUGGCGAGGGUGCAUGGCGUUACUUGUUCGCUUUUGAAGGCCUUAUAACGGGCGUUGUUGGAAUCAUCGCCGUAUUCUGGAUGCCCGCCUCUCCAGUUCAAACAAGAGGGGGACUGCGUGGAAAAGACGGAUGGUUCACAGAGCACGAAGAAAAAAUCAUUGUCAAUCGAGUGAUUCGUGACGACCCAAGCAAGGGAAGCAUGCACAAUCGGCAGGCCGUCACACCCAAGUUAUUGUGGCAGUCGCUGCAGGAUUACCACAUGUGGCCGAUCUACCUUCUCGGGUUGAUCUGGUUGAUUCCCUCAACGCCAGCUACUAAUUAUCUCACCCUUCAAUUGAAAGAGGUUGGGUUUGGAACCUUUGAGACAAACUUGCUGUCGAUCCCGUCUGCAGUUGUUGCAAUCAUUACCGUCAUCACUAUUACCUUGAUUGCAGAACGGACAAAUCAGCGUUUACUUUGCGGUGCCGUGGUUGAAUUAUGGAACCUGAUUCUUCUCAUCACAUUGGAAGUCCUACCUGCAAAAGCACUGCCGUGGCCUAGAUUUGCUAUUCUAACUCUUCUCGUUGGAACCCCAAGUGUACACCCGGUGAUUGUUGCUUUGACAUCGCGAAAUGCCGGCUCGAUUAGUGCCAUUGCUGGAGCCAAUGUUUACCGAACUGAUGAUGCGCCAUACUAUAAACAUGGGAACAAAGUUCUUAUUGCGCUGGCUGUUGUCAGUUUGGUUAUGUUUAUCGGUGCAAAGUUCUACUAUGACUGGUGCAAUCGCCAAAACGCAACGAAAUGGAACGCAUUGACUAGCGAGCAACGAGAAGAAUAUCUGCGCGCAAAUCCAACAACUACUAACAAGAGAAUUGAUUUCCGCUUUUCCCAGUGA